UAUCCAAAAUCCAAAACCACCCACCAGCCGCGUCUCCUCCCCCCCUCCUCGUCUCCGCUAGUCCGCUUUGUCAAGCUGCAGCAGCGAGCAAUGCCGGCGCCGCUCGGGACGAUCUCCGCCGGCGGCGGCGCUGCCGCCGGAGUCGCCGGCCUGCUCCGCCUCCGCCGGGGCCAUGCGGUCGCGUCGCCCCUGCCUGCCUCUGCCGGCGCUGGCGCCAGGUGCUCCGCCGCCGCCGCAGUCCACGACGGCGGCCAGCUCGUCUGGGGCCGGCAGCUCCGCCCGGGCCUCCUCCUCCCCGCUGGCCUGAUCCCUUCCCGGGCCUCCAAGAGGUUGCCGCUCCGCCCGCCCGCUGCCUCUGCUGAGCCUGCCGGGGAGGCGAAGUCGCCGGGGUUACUGGAGAAGUACCCCGCCAUCACGACCGGCUUCUUCUUCUUCAUGUGGUACUUCCUCAACGUGAUAUUCAACAUCCUCAACAAGAAGAUCUACAACUACUUCCCCUACCCAUACUUUGUGUCGGUGAUCCAUCUACUCGUGGGUGUUGUGUACUGCCUCAUCAGCUGGGCUGUUGGUCUCCCAAAGCGUGCGCCUAUCAAUUCAACGCUUCUGAAGCUGCUCUUUCCAGUGGCGUUGUGCCAUGCUCUUGGUCAUGUCACAAGCAACGUGUCCUUUGCUACUGUUGCAGUCUCAUUUGCCCAUACUAUCAAAGCUUUGGAGCCCUUCUUCAAUGCAGCUGCUACCCAGUUUGUCCUUGGACAGACAGUUCCCUUGUCUCUGUGGUUGUCUCUUGCCCCUGUCGUGCUUGGUGUUUCUAUGGCAUCCCUCACUGAACUUUCAUUUAACUGGAAGGGUUUCAUCAAUGCCAUGAUCUCUAACAUCUCGUUCACUUACCGGAGCAUUUAUUCCAAGAAAGCCAUGACUGACAUGGAUAGCACCAACGUGUAUGCUUACAUCUCAAUAAUUGCUCUCCUUGUCUGCAUACCACCUGCGCUUAUUAUUGAAGGACCCCAACUCAUGCAGUAUGGAUUAAAUGACGCCAUUGCAAAAGUAGGCCUGACAAAAUUUGUUUCAGACCUUUUUCUGGUGGGACUGUUCUACCAUCUCUAUAACCAGCUUGCUACAAACACUCUGGAGCGGGUGGCCCCUCUGACACAUGCUGUUGGCAAUGUGUUGAAAAGGGUUUUCGUCAUUGGUUUCUCAAUCGUCAUUUUCGGCAACACAAUUACCACACAGACUGGAAUUGGUACUUGCGUUGCAAUAGCUGGUGUUGCUAUCUACUCAUACAUCAAGGCUAAGAUCGAGGAGGAGAAAAGGGCAAAGAGCGCGUGAUUAGGUGUGGCUUCUGUGAAUAUGAUUGGAUGAUUCUGGUGUUUGACUUGCACUGCCCCGGAGACGACUUGGACGAGAACCAGUCUCCUCUUCCUUUAUUUUGUUUUUGUUUUUUUCGGUUAUCUGCUCAACUGUUCCUAGUCUGAGGCCGAACAGCAAUAUUGCAGAUGUUAAGACUGGUUCCGAUCGGAUUAUCACCCAGAGAGCUCAAAUGUGCAGAAAUAAACGCUCGUACUUGUGAAGUCUUUUCGUUGUGCGUGUGUGAAAACUGAGUAUCUUCUUUGUAUCUUUGUGUUCUUCCUUUUGCUAGUUCUUCCGAUGUGCA